GCGAAUGGGCUACCAUCGGGAGGAUCAUGGAGAAGCUGAACAUGAUUUUUGUGGCUUGUCCAAAUUUCCCCUGGCACAUUGAUUUUGAGUGGAUACGGACCACUUUGCAACCGCCAUUCUUUUUUUAGUUUUAUAAAUGAUUGGUCGCCAGAAAACUGGUUUGUACAUACGGUAAAUGAAAUUUGCACAUUGUAUUCAGGUAUGGCAAGCAUGAAGGGGAGUAAAUGGGCAUUUCGACGACAUUUCAUUCGAAAGUUUGUUGCAGAAAAGAAGAAUGUAGCCGUUCAAGUUUUUGGUAGACGGUCGACAAGAAGUUACGUCAGAGAGACUAGUGAGUUGCAUGAGGGUGACCACUUUGCUCACGUCUCGAGGGACGACGUGAGUGAGAGAGAUGCACAUGGUCGAGAUGAGGUUGAAGAGGAAGCACAUCGCGAAGCAGCAGAUAAUGCGAGAGAAGACGUUGAAAUGGGAAUAAGCGAAAAGAGAGAAGAUGUUGGGAUAAAUGUUGAAGGAGAAGUGAAUGAGGAUGAGAAAUUUGACGAAGGAGGAGGAAUAAAGAAAGGGGAUGACGAAGGGAACAAAUAUCAUGAACGAGAAGGGGGAGAUAGAGGGCAAGGUGGUGUCGAAUGGGGAAAAGAUGAUGCAAUGAACGACACGGAGAAAAAGAAAUACCAUCAUGAAGAAAAAGCAGAGGAAGAGAAGGGCGACGAUGAAGACAAAACGAAUGAUGAAGAAAGAGGUGAAGUAGACGUAAGUGAGGAAGCAGAGGAGGAAGAGAAAUGUGGCAAUAAAGAGAAAGCAGGUGAGAAGGCAAAAAGUGACAAUGAAGAGGAGAUGCAUGAUAACGAAAAAGGAUAUACAGCCGAAGGUGAAAAAGAAGAAGGGGUGGAAAAUCAUAAUGAAAAAAAUACGGACGAGGAAGAGAAAAAUGACGACGAAGAGAAAAUGGAUGAGGAUAAAAGAGGAGACGGGCGAAUGUGAAAAAGAAGAAGGGGAGAAUGAAUGGGGUGUUGAAGGAUAUACAGAGGAUGAGGAGGAGAACGAGGAUGAUGAAAAUGAAAACAACGGAGAGAA